CCCACCGCCACCGGCCCGCCGCGGCCGCCCCCUGCUGCCCGCCUUCCCUCGCUUGCUCUUCCGGCUUCGGGCCGGCGUGCAACCGGCUAAACGCUCCCCGUGGAGGAGGCCUCCAGAAGAGCCGGCAACUCAGCCGCGGAGCUGAGACUUUCCCGCGGCCGCAUGAAGUAAAGCGAGGGCCCCCCUACACGUGGGCGGGAGGCGAGGGAGCGAAGGAAGCCACCAGGCCGCGGCCUUUCUCUGGUCCUUCCAGCUGCCCCUGAAGUCCUGGGACUAGAGACGGUGGGGAGGAAACCCCCCAGGAUUUUCUGUUCGAGGCGCUUCCUUGGAGUUCCACGUUGAGCUUAAGAACUGCUUCCGUAGAUCUAGAUCUUUUCUAAUAAGUGAGGUGGACAAUUAAGACAAAUAUGGAGUAAAGCUGUUCUGGAAUUGUACGCAUUUUAGUUAGUAUGAAUGAAUCCAGGUCUUUGGAAGACAACUCACCAGUUGCUCAGCUUGAUGGAAAAAUUCCAACUAACGGCACAGUAGCUUUUCAACAGACUGGGCACAAAGCAAGAACACUUAGCCCCGAAGAAGCUGAAAAGCUGUCGAAAGAACAGGUCUUAGUAUCUGACUUCAGACAAUUGAAGCUAGAAAAAGAUGCUCAAAAGAACUGGGAUCUGUUUUACAAAAGGAACAGCACCCACUUUUUCAAGGACAGGCACUGGACAACUAGAGAAUUUGAAGAAUUAAAAGCCUGCCGUGAAUUUGAACAUCAGAAACUGACGAUUCUUGAAGCAGGCUGUGGUGUUGGUAACUGUUUGUUUCCACUCCUAGAAGAGGAUUCAGAUACCUUUGCUUACGCAUGUGAUUUCUCCCCCCGAGCUGUGGAAUAUGUGAAGCAAAAUCCUUUAUACAACAUCCAGAGAUGCAAAGUGUUCCAGUGUGACCUCACCAAAGAUGACCUUCUGGAGAACAUGCCACCCAAUUCUGUGGAUGUUGUGAUGUUGAUAUUUGUACUUUCUGCUGUUCAUCCUGAGAAGAUGCACCUUGUUUUGAGCAACAUUUACAAUGUGUUAAAGCCGGGCAAAUGUGUGCUAUUCAGAGACUAUGGCCUCUAUGAUCAUGCAAUGCUGAGGUUUAAGUCUGCAAACAAACUGGGAGAAAAGUUCUAUGUUAGACAAGAUGGAACAAGAUCAUACUUUUUCACAGAUGAGUUCUUGGCUCGGCUCUUCCUGUCUGUGGGGUACGAGGAAGUGAUGAAUGAGUAUGUAUUGCGAGAAACUGUGAACAAGAAGAAAGGUCUGUCUGUGCCAAGGGUAUUUCUGCAAAGCAAGUUUCGAAAGCCUGAAAGGGAAACCUGAUUUUUCCUUCCAGCAGUCCAGCAAAUGUUCCGCAGGAGCGACUUUCCUUCUGUUGUCACGGUGUCCAGAAUGCCAGGGUAAUGAUACUUUUGGAAGCGGCUGCCUGUGGCUUCGUCAAGUGAAUGACCCUUAAAAUAAAAAGAAUGGAUAGCUGUCAUGCCUAGGCCACUGAUGGACUGCUUGACUUGGACUACAGGAACUCCGGUUCAUGUCCUGCUCCGCCAUGAAGGUUGUUUUGAGCCCCAGGGGCCGGUCAUUUCUCAGGCUACCUUACACAAAAGCCUGUGUGCUGCGUUUUUAAAAUAAAAGUCUAUUCCAUUUUUAAGGACCUCUUUGGGAACAGAAGGAAGAAUUCAUAGAAGAUUCAUAAAUGCCUUAUCAUAAUUUAAAUUGUCUGCUGUAACUGGAUCUUGUGAACUAUGGAUAUCCAUUUAAAAUUAUUUUGUUUACUA